AUGUUACUACAAGAUACUUCUUUCAUAAUCGAUUUUGGUUGGCAUCAUUCAGAAUGUCCUAUUUCUUUCUUUCUUUCUUUCUUUCUUUCUUUCUUUCUUUCUUUUAGUGUCCUAUUUCUUUCUUUCUUUCUUUCUUUUCUUUCUUUGUCCUUCUUUCUUUUUAGUGUCUUUUCUUUCUUUCUUUUCUUUCUUUUAGUGUCCUAUUUCUUUCUUUCUUUCUUUCUUUCUUUCUUUCUUUCUUUCUUUCUUUCUUUCUUUCUGUUACUCUCCUAUUUUUUUUCUUUCUUUCUUUCUGUUACUUUCCUAUUUCUUUCUUUCUUUCUUUCUUUCUUUCUUAUUAUCUCAUUCCUCUCUUUCUUUUAUUUUAUUCUUCUAACUUUUUUUCUUCCCCUCUCCUUUCUCAUCCACUCUUCUAAUUCAUUGUUUAUUCUUCAUAAAUUUUUCCUUCUGCCACUGAUUCACAUUAAAUCAAGACACGGAUAUUUUUUCUUUAUCUCUCUGUCUAUCUCUCUCUGUCUCAAUCAAUAUCUCUCUGUCUCUAUUUCUCUAUCACUGUCUCUCUCCGUCUCUUAUUCUCUAUUUCCCUAUCUCAACCUCUCUGUCAUUAUCUCUCUGUCUCUGUCUCUCUGUCACUACCUCUCUGUUUCUUCCCCUCUCUUUACAUCUCUCUGUCUCUAUCUCUCUGUCACUAUCUGUCUGUUUCUUCACCUCUCUUUACAUCUCUCUUCUCUACCUCUUUAUCACCCUGUCUCUAUCUUUAUCUUUCUGUAUCUGUCUCUGUUUCUCUAUCUCCCUGUGCCUAUCUCUCUGUCACCAUCUCUUUGUCUAGCUCUCUCUCUCUCUCUCUCUCUCUCUCUCUAUCUAUAUAUAUAUAUAUAUAUAUAUAUAUAUAUCUGUCUCACUGUCUCCAUCUCUCGGUCUGUCUGUCUGUCUUCAUCACUCUGUCACUUUCUCUCUGACACUAUCUCUCUGUCUCAAUUUUGUUUGUUUCUAUCACUCUGUCUACCUUUCUAUCUGCAUCUCCGUCUCCUGGUCUCUAUCUCUCUAUCUCUCUGUCAUCAUCUCACUCCCUGUCUAUCUAUCUCUCGAUAUAUCUCUGUUUCUGUCUCUCUCUGUCUGUCUUCUCAAUCUCUCUGUCUAUCUGUCUUUAUCUCUGUCUAUCUCUCAGUCUCUUUGUCUUUAUCUGUAUUUAUCUCCCUGUCUCCCUCACACACUCCCUCUCUCUGUGUAUAA